AUGACCUCCACGGCUGAAGAGUCGACGCCGGCCCGCAAACUCACAAAGGAGGAGCGGGCCGAGCAGCGCAAGAAGAAGAGAGGACCUCCCAUCCGGUAUCCGUUUUGGUUUGGAGGAAGUGCGAGCAGUAUGGCGGCGUGUGUUACCCAUCCUCUAGAUCUGGGCGACGCCCCCAAAUCCAUGAGCGGCACAUUCGUCCACAUCGUCAAGUCAGACGGUCCCCUCGGCCUAUACAACGGCAUAUCCGCCUCCCUCCUCCGGCAACUCACCUACUCGACCGUACGAUUCGGCGUCUACGAAGAAAUCAAGGCCCGAUACACCCGAUCCGGCCGCGAGCCCUCCUUCCCCGCCCUGACAGCCAUGGCCGUAACGUCCGGCUUCCUAGGCGGCAUAGCAGGAAACUUUGCCGACGUGCUCAACGUGCGCAUGCAGCACGACGCAGCGCUGCCCGUGAACGAGCGGCGCAACUACAAGCACGCCAUCGACGGCAUGGUGCGCAUGGCGAGGGAAGAAGGCGCGCUCAGUUGGUUCAGGGGCUGGCUCCCCAACAGUAGUCGUGCUGCUGUCAUGACGGCGGGCCAAUUGGCGACGUACGACACCUUCAAGCGGCUGCUUAUUGACUAUACGCCGCUGGGGGAUACGCUGACGACGCAUUUCUCGGCGUCGUUUUUGGCGGGAUUGGCUGCUGCGACGGCGACGAGCCCCAUUGAUGUGAUCAAGACGAGGGUCAUGUCGUCUACGCAGAAGCAGGGCAUUCUUCGAAUAGUGGGGGAUAUUUACAAGACUGAUGGUCUGAGAUGGAUGUUUAAGGGGUGGGUGCCUAGCUUUUUGAGACUUGGACCGCACACUAUUUGCACAUUCAUCUUUUUGGAGAUGCACCGCAAAACGUAUCGAAAAGUCAAGGGUUUGGAAGAGAAGAAGCUUUAA